AGGGGGAGCUUUUCCGCACAACACCGGCACCUCCUGAUUUACAAAUUAAGCACAUGUCCUGUAUGAUCCAUGCAUUUUAAGGUCACGAUUAAAUUGGUGGUAAACAUUAUGUUCGUGAUAAACAUGAGGACCCCCAAGUAAGGGUUUUCUGCUAUUACUCGAGAUGGACAUUAUUUGCACGGAAGACUAUUAGAAGCAAUUUAGUAGCAUAUGUUAGUCAUGUGUGAAGCAAGGCAGCAGUGUCGAAGCUAUCAAGGAGAAUGGGCGGUUCGUAUCGCUUGUUCCUCCUCCAUAACGAACCGAAUGAAUGGCGACUCACGCAUCUGAUCACGGUCUUCCCUUUGCCUUCUACAGGGGCUUAUGAUUGGCGCCUAUGAGGAAGACACUCCCACAGCUUGGCUAUUAUUAAGUUCCAGGUUCUGUGUGAGACGGCCAACCUCAGACCACCGUUCGCCAGCCGGCCCAACCACUGACACGCAUUUUAUCCUUCCACUUCGGUGUCUGGGAGGAGACCUUUAGGUGAGUGUCCACUAACACCGUCCUCAUCCACCCGGGCUGCAACACCCACGGCCAACCCCACCUCCAUUCCCAGCCCCUCACCCCGCGGCAUCAUGGGGGACGUAGUCCAGAUGCACUUCUCCACGCCGGACUAUGUGAUCUUCGCCCUGCUGCUGGUGGCGUCCACGUGCAUCGGCCUGUUCUACGCCCUGUCCGGCGGGCGCCAGCGCACCACGCAGGAGUUCCUAUUGGCCGACCGUUCUAUGAGCUGCCUGCCCGUGUCGCUGUCACUGCUCGCCACCUUCCAGUCAGCCGUGGCCAUCCUGGGAGUGCCCUCGGAGAUCUACACCUACGGAACGCAGUACUGGUUCCUGGGAGUCUCCUACUUCCUGGGUCUGCUUGUCCCCGCCCACGUCUUCAUACCUGUCUUCUACAGGCUCCGCCUCACCAGUGCUUAUGAGUAUUUGGAGCUGCGCUUCAAUAAGACGGUUCGCAUCAUGGGCACCGUGACCUUUAUCUUUCAGAUGGUGAUCUAUAUGGGAGUGGUCCUCUAUGCACCAGCACUCGCACUCAAUGCAGUGACUGGAUUUGACCUCUGGGGGGCAGUGCUGGCCUUGGGACUGGUGUGCACCCUGUACACAACAUUAGGAGGGCUGAAAGCAGUCAUCUGGACCGACGUGUUCCAGACCAUUGUGAUGUUUGCUGGCCAACUGGCGGUCAUCAUAGUGGGGGCUCACCAGGCAGGAGGCAUGGGAGAGGUGUGGAGGAAAGCCAUCAACGGCAGCCGCAUCGCAAGUCUGGACCUGAACCCUGACCCGACGGAGAGGCACACGUUCUGGACGCUGGGCGUGGGCGGGGUGUUCCUCAUGCUGGCGCUGUACGGGGUCAACCAGGCCCAGGUCCAGAGGUACCUCAGCUCCCGCACUGAGAGGGAGGCGGUCAUGUCGUGCUACGUGGUGUUUCCCUGCCAGCAGGUGGUGUUGUGUCUGGGCUGUCUGAUGGGCCUGGUGAUGUUUGCUCGCUACGGUGAGGAUAGCCCACUGGAUAAGGGUUACGUCAAAACCAACGACCAGAUGGUGCUGUACUUUGUGAUGGAUGUGUUCAGGGACCUGCCUGGCCUACCAGGGCUGUUUGUCGCCUGCCUGUUCAGCGGCGCUCUCAGUACCAUCUCAUCAGCGUUUAACUCCCUAGCGACGGUAACCAUGGAGGACCUAAUCAAGCCUUACUGCCCGGCCAUGACGGAGGCCAAAGCCACACUGCUCUCCAAAGGCCUGGCGUUUGCCUACGGGCUGGUGUGUCUGGCCAUGGCCUACACCGCGUCUCACAUGGGCUCAGUGCUGCAGGCAGCAUUAAGUAUCUUUGGGAUGGUGGGUGGUCCUCUCCUCGGGCUCUUCUGUCUGGGAAUGUUCUUCCCCUGGGCUAACUCCACUGGUGCGAUAGUAGGGUUGGUGGCAGGCCUGGUUAUGGCCUUCUGGAUUGGCAUUGGGCAUUUCGUGUCCCGUAUGGCGGUGCCCACUACUCUGCCCCCCAUCAUCAACGGCACCGCUAUGCCCCUCCCCAGCAACAUGACCACUGCUGUCAUGACCACUGCUGUCAUGACCACUCUGAUUACCUUGAUCACCGCCAAACCAAAGCCUACGGGUGUGCAGGCCCUGUACAAUCUAUCCUAUUUGUGGUACAGUGCCUACAACUCUACCACUGUGGUGAUAGUGGGACUGAUAGUCAGCCUGCUGACUGGUCCUAUGAAGGAGAAGGACCUGACCCCAGGGACGGUGUACCCUGUCCUGGGCAACCUGCUCUUCUUCCUGCCUGAAUGCUACAGGGAGAUACGCUGCUGUGUCACCCCACUGCCACAGAAGCCCAAAGCUAUCGACACGCAUCCUUACCAGAUGGCUCGGAAGGAGAGCAAUGGAGUGUCCCAUCCCAAAGAGGAGGAGAAGACUGAGGAGACGGAGCGAGAGAAGGAUGAGGACGAGGAGACCGCAACCCCUCAGCCUUCCUGCCGACUGGCUCACACGUUGCAGGAGACGGCCUUGUAGACACCCCCUCCCCGCAACACACACACACACAGCCCCCAGCCAAGUCCCAGCACUUUCACAAGCCCCCCUACUGCUCAGCUUUCUCUGCCCCAGGGGAGAAGAUCCACAUAGGACCGGAGGGCAAUGGAGACUCAGGGUUCCUGGACAUGACUUCCAUCAAGCGCCACAGGGUCAAUGUGGAGGAACAGGGAGUUUCACCUCUGACCCUUACUUCCUGGAGAAACUGAUACACCACAAAUCGCUGGUGGUUAAGAGAGUCAGAGCCCGAGUCCUUUGCUAGAUUGAAGAAUGGUGUAAAAACGUGGUUAGUGGAUGGGGGUCCAGGGGUAUCUUGAAUUCAUUGGUACCUCAUUAACGAUGGCACUGGUCAGUUUUCCUGAACUGAAAUAACUGGAAAUCACUAGUUAUGAAACUGGAGUUUUGAGAAGAGCCAAAAUGUCUGAAUCAAGGUGGAUUCCUGGAUGGAGAAAUACUAACGCAACACAAGUGGCAAUCACGCUCCGAGCUGAGGAGAAGUCUCGUCAUUGUUGGACUGAACCAAAGCCUGGACUGUGAUCGUGUCACUCUGUGAUUUCGUCCAAUUAUGAUUGAAGGAUUGUGGCCGCGCACAAUGAGUUGUUCCAAUGACUGUGAAAAUGGACCCAAGUCUUUCUGUUUAUCGAAGAGAAUUAGGUAGCGACCAGGCAGUGAAGAGCGAGGUACUUCAGAUGUAACUGUCACUGCAUGUUAUUUUUAUAGAGAAGAUUAAGCAGGUACGUCAGAUGGACUAAGAAUAUGACAAAAUAUUUGAUGUCCCAGUAGACAACUUAAGGAAUAGUGACCGUGUUCUAGGUCCUUUUCACGUAUGAAAUUCGGUAUCCUUGAUCGGUUUCCUGAAUUGUGACAAUCUACAAAAUACGUUUUGCUUUCUCAAGAUCUGAAAAUAACCGUUUCAGAAUGUGAUUUGCGAGACACAUUCCACAUGCCGUUAGGAAGUUAGCUUGUUAACAACGGGCAAGAAGUUUCACACGACUCACGCUGCUGCGUCACAAUACCUUGUACUCUGGUCCUGGAACUUGGACCCGCCACUCACCCAGGUCCAGGAUCAGUUUGAGCCAGGGCUCAUGUUUUAUAGCUCGGAUCAGGUACCAAAUGCUCUAGGAUACGGAUCAUACAGAAAUAUGUGAAAGCGCCCUUAAUCGAUAGCUUUGGUUUCUUAAGCUCCGUACGUCUGUUUGCUUUACAUGGCCUUUGUUUAACGUUUGCCUUUCAAGCUGCUAUAGUAAAUGAAUACGUACUUAGAUAAGAGCGAGAUAAGUGCAGCAUACAGAUCUAUAGAGCACAAGGGAUCACCCUCAUUUGCCAUUUACUGGGAUCAUGUUUUUAGAGAGAGAAAGGCCAUUGAGUCUGCUCUACUUACUUCAUUGAGACAACCAGACAAACUGUUGAUUUGCUAGUGACAUUAUUGAAUGUAGAAUACCAUGUCCUCUCAAUCCAUCCACACUGUAGAUUCCAUAGUUGUCAUGAAGUGCCUCAUCAGUAGUCUGUGUUAAAUGUAGUUCUGUUAAUUUGACAACUGAUCAGUGUGUAAUCAGGAUUGUGAUCAAGUAUACUUCUGCUGUAUCGCACAGCUAUAAUGAUUCUCCAUGUGUGUCUUGGAUGUUUGUUAACUUUACGUACAUGACUUUUGGCUCGUCCCCCCACUGCUUUAACAGAGGAUAUUUAUGUCCUGUGACUGACAACGUUGGUGUUUUGUUGAUUUAAGUUGAUGUAUAGAGAGAAUCUAUUUAAUUGUCUGAUCAAAUGGGACAGCAUUGAUUCCUGUAUUGUACAUUAAGUUACUUGAAAUGUGUAUCUGUAAUCCUACCCUUUAAAUGAAGUGAAGCCCACCUCAUUCCAGGACAUGUUUCAGGUGAACUUAGUCCGAUGUGAACAGAUGUCAACUUACCCAAUGUGGGUUCAUCACUGUGUUCUAGUAAUACUGAAAUACACUCUGAGCACCAUCAAGACCAAUUCUGUUGCUGUUAUCUUUCUCUAAAGUUGGCACGGCCAUCUACCUAGAAAAUAUGUGAACUGUAGAGCGACAGGUGCACAUGAAGGCCAAAACAGUUGUAUUGUGUUUGCUUGAAUAUUAAACCCCUACAAAUCACACCAGGGAACUAACUCCAAGAUCGAAUAACACAAAAUGUACCCAUGUAAAGUGAACCUGUAAAUCAUGACCUCUUAAAUGACCAAUCCUGAGUAGUCUAUAACCAUAGCAUCAAUACCAAGUUACUAUGAAGUGUGUUUAGUUUAGGGUACAUUUAGAACGCACUUGGCCAUGAGAGAGAAGCACUUGAUCAUUUCAAACGAUAAUAAAUAUUCUGACUCUAUUUAUUGUCAAUAUUUGUAUGAAUUAUUCCUAGUAUGUAUUCCACAAAACCAUAAGCAGUGGAGUUUGGUCAACUACACUGCUUUGGCUGGGCCUUCAUUUGAUCUCUGUAUUGUAAUCUUUUUUUUAUGUUGUUGGAUUUCAUGGAUGUUGAUUGGCUCAUCCUACCAGCACACUACACAGGGGCAGCUGUGAUAGGUUGGAGUAGAGCUCCAUUUGUUCACCAAACAGAAUGUCUGUGUCCUGUUCAUUAAGUCAAAAUGGGAGUGAACGUUUUGAAAAAGAGAACAGAACUGAGCUUCCCUAUUGGAAAAGUGGUACCUUUUCCGUUUGCAAAUAGUUUCUCUAUUUUGGACACUUACCGAACAUGAAAUGAGUCUUCAAUAGAGGCUAAUUCUGUGUCUGACCACUCUAGUUGUCAUUAUUUCACAACAUUGGCAUGUAUUUGUCCUCUCAAGAUGAAAUGUUGAAGUGAAUGAAUUGUAAGUGGUAAGAUCCUUCGUUGCUCUGUUUUUGAAAAUAAAAUGUUUGAUUGGA